AUGGCGCAAAAUAUGCCUGCGACCGCGGUCGCCUCAAAUCAGACUAUUGCGAACAAUGAUGCGAUCGAACAGGACAUCCGAGAGAUUUGCGCAGAGGUGUUGCGCCGACCGGUGGGAAAGAUCAAGUUGAAUAGGUCUUUCGUCGCCCAGGGAGGAGACUCCCUUCUGGCGAUCAAGCUGAUGGCGCGCUGCGCCGAGGCGGGGUAUACCAUCACUAUCCACGACAUGCUCCAAGCGACCAGCCUCAAAGAGCUUUGCCAGUCCGCGAAACGAGAAGGAGGCAGCGACUUGUCGGGACCAUCGGUUUCUCCCUCUCCGCUGGACGGUCCAGCGAAGAGCGCUGACACCGCGCCGUUAUCGCUAACGGGCGCGCAGAGAUUGUACGCCUCGGUUGGAGCGUGGGAUAGUAAGCUGUUUCGAAUCGAACGCGACGUCGCGGAGUCAACAGUCUUUACAGCCUUGAAAUCGCUUGUCAGCAGUCAUUCAGUCCUCGAAGCGAAGAUCACCACCCAAAACGAAACUCAGGAAAUGAAACUCGCACACGGCACUGAAACCAAAUCAUUCGCGUAUAGAACGACUGAGAUAACGAAAGAUCUGGAGAGACUCGAUGCGGAAUGGAUGGAAUCUGGAUACAAGGAUGGGCAGGAUGCGGAGGGGAAGCAGCCUUCGAAGUCCCUGUUUGGCGCUGUUGUGUUUGUGCAGGCGGGCACGUGCCUUGCUCGCUACCUUCGCAUCGACCUGCACCGCGCCAUCAUCGACGCAACAUCCUGGAACAUUCUCCAGCGCGACCUCCAGAAUGCUCUGCUUGGAAAUGCCCUCGAAAAAGGGCAGUCGAAAGAUGACUUUGGGGCCUGGAUGCAAUCGCAAACCGGUGCGGCUCCUGUAUCGGACACAACACAGAAAGAGACGGAAAGUGCCAACCACAUGAAUGGACAGAGAAGCAAUAAUGGAGACACGGUGGACGAGAAUCGCAACCCAGUGGAUUUGGCUGCGCUAGAGACAGAUGCGAUGAUACUUGAGCGGCUGGAAGACGGAGCCAUCCACGGGGUUCUUCGCACCCAGCCAGAGGACUUUGUGAUUGCGGCGCUGUCACUAGCCUUGACAGCGGCUUAUAAGCCUUCUGCCGAUAAUAUGACGUUUAAUGCCAUUACGAACGAGAGGCCUCGGGCCGGUCCUGGUGUUGCGUCAAAUGUUGUCGGUUGCUUUGAUGUGAUCACGACUCGCGACAUACAGAGAGAACAGGCGACUGGACUUGACCUGCUGCGCCGAGUCAAAGAUGCGCGCAUGGGGUUUUCUCUGGGCCUGUCAGAUGCAAACCAGGCAUACCAUGUCCUGUUAGACCUACGGAAGCUCGAGCGAGCCACAGAUACGAAUUCUGCGGUCUUGCAUGAGCUUCACCAGUAUAACGAACUUUCGAGCCUUCCCCCGGGAUGCCUUGUCUUUGUCGAGGCUUUUUGGCAAUGCGACCAGCUACAAAUUCGUCUCCGUUCCCGGGCGGCUGUUUUGAACCAGGAGCAGUUGGGGCUGGUUGCUGGCACAUUUCGGGCAGCCCUGAAGGAGCUGAUCAGCGAAUGUCAGGCCACUCAACCUCAUGGAACCCUGAGUGACUUUCCAUUCUUAAAGCUCACGUACCCCGAGUUAGACAGUCUUGUGUCAACUCAUCUCCGAGCUGUAACCUCAGAUCCAUUGUCCGAGGUGGAAGCGGUUUUCCCUUGUUCCCCCAGGCAGGAGGCAUUUCUCGUUGCCCAGGCGGUCUACCCUGAUCUAUACCAGUGCUCUUUCGUUGUGAGAAUCAACGCAGAGACCUCAGAUCAGCCACUCGACGUUGCAAAAUUACAGGCUGCCUGGGACAGGCUGGUAGAGCGCCACCCAGCACUCCGAACAAUAUUCAUUGAGAGCUCCAAUCGCCAAGGCCACUUCGACCAGGUUGUGCUGAAACCCCGAUUAGGGCGAACAAUUUCUGUAGUGGAAGGAAACCAGGAGACCGCGACGGAACUGGCGUUACGUCGUCCAGUUGUCUUCAAGAACUACGAGGCCACACAUAAAGCCACCCUUUGUCGCAUCUCGCCGUCUUCGGCGUAUCUUCGGCUCGAUAUGUCCCAUGCUGUUGUCGACGGACAGUCCGCCCAAGUGCUGCUGCGAGAUCUAUCUCAGAUCUACAGCAGCCAGAAACUAAGCAAUCGCGUGAUGGCAUACCGGGACUUCGUCAACUACCAAGCACAGCUCCCGAUACACGAUUCCAUGGCGUAUUGGUCGAACUACCUCUCUGGAGCCCAACCCUCCCACUUCCCGCUGUAUGGCGACCCACUAGGCCGGAAGGAUAUCAGAAGCCUUCGUACAAAGAUUAACCUAGGCUCCGAACGCCUAGAGGAGUUUUGUGGUAAGUUUAACGUCACCCCAGCUAAUAUUUGCCAGGUAGCAUGGGCCUUGGUGCUCCGAUCCUACACCGGCCUGGAGGAUAUCUGCUUUUCCUAUGCCACCUCGGGACGUGACGCGCCACUGAAAGGCAUUAACAACGCCGUCGGGGCCUUUCUCAACGCUGUUAUUUGCCGUGUUCGCGUCCCACCAACCGCGACAGUCUCCCAAGCCUUGGGGCAGGUAAAGAGCGACUUUGUGGAGAGCCUGUCCCACCAGUAUUUUUCUGCCAUGGACGAGGCACAGUCGGGUGACUUUGCUCGCCUGAAGGGGAAUACUCUGAUGUCCUGUCAAAGAAAGGCAGCUACAGAGCUGCAGGGAUCUGGGCUCGGAUUUGAACUCGUCGAUGCGGUGAACCCGAAUGAGUACGACAUGUCGAUCAAUAUUCAGAUAGGAUCGGAAGAUCUCGAAGUCAUGAUUGACUACUGGCAUUCGCGUAUCGAGCAGCGUACCAUUGAAACCGUCGCCCGGUCCUUUGAACAGGCCUUUGUCAGCAUUCUCAAUGAGAACGGUGCAAAAUUGGGACAGAUCGAUAUUACUUCUCCGCGCGACAUUGGCCAGCUUCGUGAAUGGAGCAAGGAUAUACCGCCCAUGGUCGACUACCGCAUCCAUGACAAGGUUUAUGAACAACGUCUCCGGCAACCGGAUGCCUGGGCAGUUCAGGGAUGGGAUGGAGAUUUGACCUACCGGCAACUGGACGAUGCGGCGAACAAGUUAGCAUCUCACCUUGUCAGCCUCGGAGUAGAACCUGAGGUCAAGGUCCCCAUCUGCUUUGACAAAUCGAAAUGGGCCGUGAUAUCUCAGCUUGCAAUCCUCAAGGCCGGAGGUUGUGUUGUUCCUCUUGGCACGAAGCAACCGAUCAGUCGCACCGAACUUAUUCUUAAGGACCUGGAAGCAACGAUUGUUCUCACGACAGGCGCUUAUGCUGCGCGCUUUGAGGAUCUCUUGACUCAUGUGCUGAUUAUCGACGGGGGCUUUAUGGCCGGCCUGCCAGAGACCGAAAAGCCCCAUUGCGCAGCGAAUGCAGAUAACUGCGCCUUUAUCAUCUAUACGUCCGGUAGUACAGGUGUUCCUAAAGGCGUGGUUCUCCCCCAUUCCAGCCUCUGUACUAGCCUGCAGUAUAUGGGUGCUCGAUUCAAGCUUGGGCCUCAUACGCGAACGGUUCAAUUUUCAGCUUAUACUUUCGACAUCUCGAUCCAAGACAUCUAUACUACUUGGCAUUACGGAGGUUGUCUGGUUGUUAUCUCGGAAGAGGACCGAAUUAAUGGCCUAGCAGCUGCUAUGGUCCGGUACCAGGUCAACUGCGCCGGGCUUACAUCAACAGUGGCGGGGCUAGUCUUCCCGCAUGAUGUUCCUUCGCUCAAGACACUGGUUCUCCUUGGUGAAGCUGUCAAGCCAGCGGUUGUUGACCAAUGGAUUAACCAUGUCGAAGUCUUCAAUGCUUACGGGCCAUCUGAGUGCUCGAUGCAGGCUAGCAUUAACCAACUAACUCCAGGAUGCAACGCCCUUAACAUCGGUUACGCUUUUGCUGGAGCCCUCUGGGUUGUGGAUCCCAAUGACUACAACCGCCUUGUCCCGAUCGGCGCACCUGGAGAGCUUUUAAUUGAAGGUCCGCUCCAGGCCCGCGGAUAUUUGAACGACCCGGUCAAAACUGCGGCUGCCUUCGUGACGGAUGCAGUAUGGAUGAUCCAGAAUGGGUUUGGUGCCGGGCGGCGCUUAUACCGAACUGGAGAUCUUGUUCAGCAGAAUCCAGAUGGCUCGAUUACGUAUAUCGGACGCCGCGACACUCAAAUCAAGGUCCGUGGACAGCGAGUCGAGGUCGGCGAAAUUGAACACCACUUGUUACAGCAGGAUGCCGUCCUCGAUGCAGCAAUUAUUUACCCUCGUCAGGGUCCCUGCCAAGAUCGCCUGGUCGGUCUCCUCACCCUACGGGACUUCUUUGCAGGAAAGGGAUCUGGACAAGAGAUUGUGCCUGUCCCAACGGAGAAGCUGGCUUUUGUCAAACCCCAAAUGGCCGCAGCAUCUGAACAGCUCUCACACCACGUAUCCGAGCAUAUGCUGCCGAAGGUCUGGAUCCCGCUCGAGAGUAUGAUGCCACAGAACGACUCUUCGAAAUUGGACAGGAAGAAGCUGGGUCAGUGGCUCGAAGCCAUCGACACCACCUUCCUGGAGGCACUUUCCAAGUCAUCAGAUAUUGAAGUUAUCGGUCGCGAACCGGAGACUUUCGUUGAGCAGCAGAUCCAAAAUGCAUGGGCGGAGGUAUUACGUUUGCCGAAGGGCCAGGUUCCCGUGGAGCACAAAUCAUUCCUCAGUAUUGGUGGUGACUCUAUUACCGCUAUGCACGUUGUAUCGUGGUUACGCAUCCGUGGGACCACAGUCGCGGUGCGAGACGUGCUCGAGAGCAAGUCUAUCGCGCAGUUGGCCCAGGUUGCGCAAGCGACGGGCGGAGCUACUGAACAGGCAGACAAGCCGUUCCCUGUAUCGGCCAUUCAAAAAUGGUACUUUGAGUCAAUCGCUCCUCCGGAUGCUCCCUUGAAGUCUGGUGGAGCACAUCACUACAACACUAGCAUUUGCCUAGUGCCCCAACAGCAUCUCGAAUCCAGGGUCGUGGCUGACGCAAUCAUGGCCCUUACCACGCGCCACCCAGCUCUCCGUUCCCGAUUCCAGGGUGAUGCCAUCAACGGAUGGCACCAGAGGAUUGUCAGCGAGAAGGAACAGCCUGCCGAUGUGAAGAGCCAUACUGUGGCCAGCGAACAAGAAGCGGAGAGCAUUAUCGCUGCAUGCCAGGUGGGCUUGGACCUGGAGAACGGACCCGUAUUCUCGGCUAGACUGAUCAACAUCGAAGGAGCAGAGUCAUCCCAGCUACUAUUUCUGACCGCGCAUCGUCUGGUCGCAGACCAAGCUUCCUGGGAUAUCAUCCGCCAAGAUUUGAAUAUUUUGCUACAGGGAAAACAGCUUGCAGAUUAUAGCCCUCUACCUCUCCAGACACAUACCAGGCUUCAAACCGCACAGAGUGCAUCCUUAUUCAACCUCCCAAAACCAGACUUUGAGUACUGGGGUCUGAGCGAAUCCAACAUUUACGGAGAUGAAGUAUCUGAAAGUGUGGCGCUUGACAAAAAUCUCACCGAGGCCCUGCUGCAGGAUGCAAACCGCGCUCUUCGAACGGAGCCUAUAGAGAUUCUCUUAGCUGCUCUCUUCAAUUCGUUCAAGGAGGCAUUCAGUGAUCGCCAAGUACCCGCUGUGGUUGAGACGCUUCCUGGACGGGACACUGACGAGUCUGGACUCAAUGCCUCGAAUACUGCUGGAUGGUUCGAAAGCAUGGCACCGGUGCACAUCAGCCCGGAACCCUCCCAGGGAGCGCUUGUCAUUAUUCAACAAACAAAAGACGAGAGACGAAGCCUACUCAAAAAGGGCUUGCUAACCAUCAACUCCUUGCUCCUCAGCCCUGGAGGGGAGAAGAGCCCAGCCGAACAUCAAAGGAUGGAGGUACUUUUCCGAUACGCGAGUCAGCCACAGAACGAAUCAUAUGAACUAUUUGAUGUGAGAGAAACUACUGGUCCUGAGCUUUCUGCUAUUGGCGCAGACGUCCGUCGCCCAGCUGCAUUUCACAUUGUGACUACUGUAUCGGAGGGCCGGCUACACAUCGAGUUUAAGUUCAACCGCAAGAUGAAGCAUCCACAACACAUUCACGAUUGGCUACAUGGUUAUGUCAGUACGAUUCGAUCUUUCGUAUCGGAGCUUACGAGCGCAACACCAACAUUCACAUUGACCGAUUUCCCGCUCGUUACUCUGACACCAGAGAGCCUUAGAGCGCUCCAGCACGACAUCCUGCCGGACGCGAACAUCACGCCACAGGAAGUGGAGGACAUAUACCCGUGUUCCCCAAUCCAGCAGGGUAUCCUGAUGAGCCAGGUCAAAUCCCCGUCGGACUAUUACAUUCAGCAGUCAUUUGAAAUUGUACCUACGAAAUCAUCUGAGGCACUCGUCAUCGACCGUCUGCUCGCAGCCUGGCAGACCUUGGUAGACCGCCAUCCGAUGCUUCGAACAAGAUUUGUCCGCGCCGCAUCUGGCUCAAGCAACCGCAUGUUUGAUCAGAUUGUGCUUAGGUCCUGUAAGGCUGAUGUCGAACAUAAGGAGUGCACUGAGGAUGAACUUCCAGCGAAUCUUGCUGUCACCACGAACUUGGACGAACGCCAUGUUGACAAGCGACUCGGUCAUAAGCUCAUAGUCUACACCACUCCUUCGAAACGCACAUACGGUCAGAUUAUUGUCAGCCAUGCGCUGGUAGAUGCAUCGUCCCUUAUGCUUGUUCAAAAAGAACUUGCUGAAGCAUAUGAUGGAAAGCUCGUUUCUGAUACAUGUGGCCCGUCAUACAGCGGGUAUAUCUCCUAUCUACAACAAACUCCGGCCGAUCAGGCUUUGGAAUUCUGGACUAAACGACUUGCUCAGGCUGAGCCCUGCCACCUAUCCGCGCUUACAGCGGAUGGAACUCUGCAAGCAGUUGGGGGAGAUGCUGGCAAGCGUCAGCCGCUGGAAACUGUGUCUGUCGAUAUUGAUUGCGUUGACCGUCUUCAUAAGUUCACUGAGGCGAACGGUGUCACCACCGCCAAUAUCUUCCAGCUCGCAUGGGCUUUGGUUCUCUCCCAGUAUACCGGAUCUACGAAUGUGUCGUUCGGAUACUUGUCCAGCGGCCGGGAUGUGCCAGUUAAGGAUGUUCAUCAGAUGAUCGGCCCGCUAAUCAACAUGAUGGUGACCCACAUUAACCUCGAUCCUGGCAUGAGUGUGGAAAGAGCGCUUCGAGAAAUUCAGGACAACUUCUUCGACAGCUUCAACUACCAACGGGCGCCAUUAAUCGAGCUUUGGCACGCGCUUCAGCUCCAAGGCCAAAGCCUGUUUAACACUGCCCUUUCCUACCGACACGUUGUGUCUGCUGAAAGAGACCAGCUUAGCCUCUCCCUGGAACAGAUUGUUGGCGAGGACCCCACCGAGUACGAUGUUACUGUUAGUGUUUUCGCUGCGACAGAUUUGAUUUCCGCUUCCCUACAGUACUCGCCUGGCUUCCUUGCUCCUGAGAGCGCUAAGGGUCUACUAUCCUGUCUCCAGGAAGCCAUCCGCUCUCUUGUCAGCGCACCAGAUUCGCCGACCGGUAAAGUCAACAUCCUGCCGUCAGACGACAUCAAGCGAGUCUGCAAAUGGAACGAUGAAAUUCCCUCGGUGGAUGGGCAUCGUCUCAUCCAUGAUUUGUUCUACGAGCAGCUACAGCUUCGGCCAACUGAGACCGCGGUUUGCGCCUGGGACGGUGACCUCACAUACCAAGAGCUGGACGACAUGACGAACAAGUUAGCUCACCAUCUAUCAAGUAACCUUGAAGUAGGCCCAGAAGUGAUGGUCGCGCUUUGCCUGGAUAAGUCCCGGUGGGCUAUCCUUGCUCAGCUCAGUGUUCUCAAGGCCGGAGGAGUGGUGGUCUCGGUGAAUCCUAAGCACCCGACACAACGUCUAGAGCUUAUCCUCAAGGAUAUCGACGCGCCGGUCAUAUUGACCAGCGAGCAAUACUCUUCUCGAUUCACACAUCUCGUUUCAAAUGUGCUUCACGUGAAUGAAGAGUUGUUUGCGGGCCUGCCUGCCCAAUCCGAACCGCCUAGGCCCAAAGUUACCCCUGAUAAUGCUGCCUUUGUUAUUUACACAUCAGGCAGUACUGGUAUGCCGAAGGGAGUGAUUCUAACCCACCUAUCCCUGUGCUCUAGCUUCCGAGCUCAUGGCAAGAUUUAUGGAAUGACGCCGAGUACGCGGUCGCUUCAAUUCGCGGCUUACACGUUCGACGCCAGCAUUAGCGAUAUCUGGGGCACUAUCUCCCACGGAGGAUGCGUCUGCGUUAUUUCAGAGGAAGAGCGGAUGAAUAACCUCCAAGCAGUUAUUGAGAAGUACGAAGCCACUCAUGCUCAGGUUACUCCAACGGUGGCUGGCUUGCUGGACAUUCCGAACAUCAAGUCGCUCACAACACUCAUUCUGGGAGGUGAGGCUGUCAGAGAAGCCAUGAUCGAGGAGUACGCGAAGGCUGCUGGUCGAGUCAGGGUUCUCAACGGCUACGGUCCCUCAGAAUGCUCGAUCUACACUACCUGCAGUGCACCCCUCGUUGACAAGAAACAAGCGCUGAACAUCGGACGACCCCUGGUCGGAAGCGCAUGGGUUGUUGCGAACGGCGAGAGUGUGUGUCCUGUCGGCGCCGUUGGAGAACUCUGGGUUGAGGGUCCGCUGCUCGCCCGUGGUUACCACAACGACCAGAAAAAGACGGACGCGUCUUUCGUCACGAACCCCAAGUGGGCCAAGACUGUUGGACUGGAAGGUCACCGGUUCUAUAACACGGGAGAUCUUGUGCGUCAGGCUCCUAAUGGUGAUCUCAUCUACCAGGCUCGAAAGGAUUCACAAGUCAAGAUCCGUGGCCAGCGUGUGGAGGUAGGCGAAAUUGAAUACCGCGUUAAGAAAUUACUCCCUGCCGUCAAGAGUCUUGUUGCAAGCCUCAUUAGCCCCGGUGGCAAGUCCUCGAGUUUGGUGGUAUCCGUUGCAAUGGAGUUGGAUGAGCAAUUCCUUCAGCGUCACCUCUUAGCUGGUGACCUGGUACAAGAAACUUUCCUACCGAGCGGGCCACAUUUGAAGGAACAAUUUGAGAAGCUCCAUACUUCGCUCUCCGAGGUGUUGCCGUCGUACAUGGUACCGACAUUGUUCGUUCCCGUCGACCACCUUCCUCAUACUGCAUCCAGCAAGCUGGACCGUCGAACCCUAAAGCAGAUGCUGGAGAGUUUACCUGAGGAGGCCCUCUUCCAGUACUCGUUAUCGACAAGCACAAAUGUAGCACCCACCACUGAUACGGAAAGGAAACUGCAGUCUCUGUGGGCUACUAUUCUGGGUGUUGAGCUCGACCGUGUCAGCAUCCACGAUCACUUCCUCCACCUCGGAGGAGACUCUUUCACAGCGAUGCGACUCGUGUCAGCAGCAAACGCUAAGAAGGUUCCCCUAACAGUAGCCGAUAUAUUCCGCUUCCCCAAGCUGCAGGAUAUGGCUGCUCAUCUUGACGAGCAAGUCGCACGCCCCCAGGGUACCGAGGACAUUGCCCCCUUUGCUCUGUGGAAAGAUGUCGAUGACACAGGAAGCGUUGAGAGCCAGAAAGAACUUCAACGUAUCACGGGCUCCUGCAAGGUUACCGUAGACGAUAUCGAGGAUGUGUAUCCUUGCACGCCGCUGCAAGAGGGUCUCAUGGCAAUUACUACCCAGCAGCCAGGAUCCUAUAUUGGCCGUUGGGUGUUCCGCAUCCGAGAUACCACUGACGGAAAAGCGUUCAAACAGGCCUGGACGGAGCUGACCCAGAGGGUGCCGAUUCUGCGCACACGAAUUGUGCUGGGAAAGCAGUCCGGCGCUCUCCAGGUUGUUGUUCGUUCGUCCGCCGCUUGGGGUGGUGGCAACAACCUGAAGCGAUACUUGGAUAAGGAUUUGCAGGAGUCCUUCGUUUAUGGCCAGCCUUUGGUCCGACAGGCACUCAUAGAAGCCGACAAUGGAAAGCGCUAUUUUGUCCUUACUGCACAUCACAGCGCUUACGAUGGAUACAGCUUAGGAAAGCUCUUCGAUGCAGUGUCUGCCCUAUAUGCCGGGCAGAAACUUCCACCCACACCAUCAAUUUCCCGACUCAUUUCCUACCUAAGCCAGCAGGAUAAAGACGCAGCUAAAUCCUUUUGGCAGGCCCAACUGGAAGGCGAACUGGGCGCUCCCUUCCCCUCGCUUCCACGCCCGUCCUACAGGCCCCGACCAACACAGAAGCUCAGUUCAGCUACAGACAUCGGCUCAUUUGGCGGAACGAAUACCCUAGCCUCCACUCUUAGAGCUGCUUGGGCGCUCGCCGUUUCUGCCUAUGGUGGAAAUGAUGUGCUUUUUGGUGUCGCGCUUUCCGGACGAGCUGCCCCAGUGCCAGGAAUUCUGGAUAUGCCUGCACCAACUAUUACCACCGUCCCAGUACGGCUGCAUAUCGACCCUAAACAGCCGAUUCAAGAAUAUCUCGCGGCCGUCCACCAACAAAGUGUUGACAUGAUUCCGUUCGAGCACACGGGACUGCAAAACAUCCGUCGAUUUGUCGGCCACGAGAUUGAUCUUCCACACCUUUUCGCGGUGCAGCCGGCGCAAGAACAUGAGAAUACGACACAGGCCAAGCUCCUGGAUUACGAGCACGGUCAUGUUCCUGAGUUGAACCUCGAUGGCUAUGCGCUCACUGUUGAGUGUAUCACAAGUGAGGCAAAUGAUGGCCAUGUGAAGAUCGAGGCGCAUUUCGAUGAGCAAAUGAUCUCGACAAGGCAGACGCAAAAUCUACUCAGCCGGUUCAUCCAUCUGUUGAGCCAGCUUGUCAAGAUUGACCAAGACCAGAACCAGAAACAACUCAUGGAUCUAGAGAUGCUAAGCACAGAGGAGGCUACCCAGCUCGCUCAAUUCAACAAGGAUAUCCCCGCAGUCAAUCAAGCUCUCGUUCACGAACUUGUCUCCCGACAUGUCGCCGCAGAUGAGGCGGCCCCCGCAGUUUGUUCGUGGGAUGGCAAUUUGUCCCGUGGGGAGUUGGACCGACUAGCAAACAAACUGGCCCACCAUCUUACGAUAUUGGGCGUGAAACCAGAAACGAUGGUUGCUCUCUGCAUGGACAAGUCCAAAUGGGCGCUGGUCGCCAACCUGGCGGUCCUCAAGGCGGGUGGUGCAGUUGUUCCCAUCCGGGCUGACCCAAUUCAGCGUGUUCAUGCUAUCCUGCAACAAACAGGCAUUACAACAAUACUAGCAUCCGAGAGCCAAGUCCAAGCGCUGAAAGGCGUAGCACCCAACAUUCUUCCCAUGGGAGAUGAUCUGCUCAAUUCGCUCUCCACACCAACAGAAUCCGUGAAAUCAGAUGUUUCCCCCUCGAAUGCUGCAUUUGUCAUCUUUACCUCUGGGUCUACUGGUACGCCCAAAGGGGUCGUGCUUGAGCAUGGCGCUAUGGCCACUAGCAUGCAAGCGCACGGCGCCAAAUUUGGGAUGAAUGCGGCAACUCGUGCCUUCAAUUUUGCCCACUUCACCUUUGACAUUUCUCUCCACGAUAUCAUCACGACCCUCCAAUUCGGUGGUUGCGUCUGCCUGCCUUCGGAGCAGGAGCGAGUUAAUGACAUGGCUGGCGUUAUGCGACAGAUGGGAGUGAAUUAUUCAUUCCUACCGCCCCGUGUCAUCCACACGAUCAAACCUUCUGAUGUUCCCAAUCUGAAGACUUUGGUUGUUGGUGGUGAGGCUGUGCAAGCGGAACACCUCGAGCCGUGGCUUCAGGAUGACAUUCGAGUCUUCAACGCCUACGGGCCAGCGGAAUGCUGCAUCGCCUCAACUUGCAACGAGGUUGCUGACCGGACUCAAGUGCCCAACAUCGGUCGCGCUAUUGCUGGCGGCCUCUGGGUUGUUGAUGAGAAUGAUUACAAUCGGUUGCUUCCUCCCGGAGCCGUUGGUGAGCUUCUUAUUGAGGGCCCACUCCUUGCCAGGGGCUACCUCAAUGACCCUGUCAAAACCUCGGCGGCGUUUGUUGUGAAUCCUUCUUGGAUUUCUCAGCUUCCCGCAGCCGGCUCCCUGGACCACCCAAGUCAGACAAAGGAACGCCGCAUGUACCGAACUGGUGACCUGGUCCGCCAGAAUGAAGACGGAUCGCUGGUAUAUGUUGGCCGAAGCGACGGGCAAGUCAAGAUUCGCGGCCAGCGUGUCGAAAUUGGGGAGAUCGAGCACCAUGUUACGGAACACCCUGCUGUCGUUGAGGGUGUGAUCGUAUACCCCCGUCGUGGUCCGUCCCAGUCUCAGCUCGUCGGAGUCUUGACCCUGCAUGGCUUCAUCUCAGCCGCGCCAAACCAGGAUAUGCAGCCUACUACCGCCGACCUACUACCAAACGCGUUGAAGCAAGCUUCAUCGGUCCGCGACUAUCUGCAUACACGGGUACCAGAAUAUAUGAUCCCCCAUGUAUGGGUUUCGCUUACCUCCAUGCCGCACAAUACUUCUGAUAAAAUUGACCGACGGAGACUCACCCAGUGGUUGGAGACAAUGGACAAUGAGUACUUUGAAGCUGUCACUCAAAGUAGAGCCGAAGAAACCACAACUCCGUCGACUCCCGAGGAGCAAAACAUCCAAGCAGUCUGGGCAGAGGUGCUUCAUGUACCCAUUGAGAAGGUCUCCCUUACUCGUCCUUUCCUCAGCGUUGGCGGUGAUUCUGUCACGGCUAUGCAAGUAGUAGCUCGAUGCCGCUCGCAAUACAGGAUAUACGUCACCGUUCGAGACGUUGUCCAGUGCGAUUCCAUCACUCAACUGGCGAAGAAAGCUGUGGUGAAACCCGUUACUGCUGAGACGGACAGCCACCCGUCAACAACCGCGUCUGCUCAAGUGUCAACCACAAGCAAGCCGCCUGCAUUCGACAUCAGCGCUGAUGAUCUAGCUCAGCUCGAGUCAGAUGUCCUUCCUCGUGUUGGUGUUGAGAGUCUGUCCAGAGUGGAGAGCAUAUAUCAUUGCUCCCCAAUCCAGCAGGGUAUCUUGAUGAGCCAAAUCAAGGACAGCUCGACGUACCAAGUGCGGCAGGCUGGAGAGAUCCGAUCUGUUGACUCUUCAAGCAUUGACAUCAACAGGGUUCUCAAAGCCUGGGAAGCUGUUGUUCGGCGCCAUUCAAUCUUACGAACAUUUUUUGUGCCUAGUCCAUCGGGACAGGAGUUGUUCUAUCAGGUCGUGCUUAAGAACUACGUGCCUGAAACGCCGGUUCGGUCAUCGCGCGAUGUCGACGACUUCCUCGCGUAUUUCGCUGAGGCUGAGCGUCCACAGUAUGGGCCUUCGCAGCCGCCAUUCCAGCUUACUCUGUCACAAACGCCCACCGGACAAGUGUUCGCUCAAGUCGACGUCAAUCACGUCCUCAUGGAUGCCUCUUCUAUGGACUUGAUUUUGAACGAUCUCUUCCUCGCUUACGACAACAAUCUCUCUACCUCUCCUGCGCCAUCAUACAGCACCUACGUCUCAUUCAUUCAACAGACAUCGGCGGAUGAGUCCUUAGGUUAUUGGACAAAGCGUCUUGCGAACGCCGAGCCAACAUAUCUGCCUUCCUCCACUGGUUCGAAGUCGGUAAAACCAACCCUCAGCAGUGUUUCAAGCGAGAUCGGAAACAUACAACCGCUCCAGGACUUUAGGGAUACCCAAGGUGUCACCCUUGCCAACAUCGCGCAAUUAGCGUGGGCUGUCGUGCUAUCCAGAUACGUUGGGUCUCAAGACGUCACGUUUGGAUACCUGUCAAAUGGAAGGGAUGCACCAAUUGCCGGAAUCCACGAGAUGGUCGGACCCAUGAUCAAUAUGAUGGUGACCCGCGUCCAGCUAGCGGAAUUGAAAACCACUGUCGCCGAAGCCGCGAAACAGGUUCAGAACGACUUCCUCGAUUCAUUCGCCCACCAGAGGGCCUCGCUUGGCGAUAUCCAGCACGCACUCCGUGUUCCCGACCGUGGUCUGUUUAAUACGACUAUGAUCUACAAGCCCAAGGCGCCGAUGGGAGAACAGCAUAAGAGAAGCCUGACAAUUCACAGUCUUGCCGGAGAGGAUCCCACGGAGUACGACGUGCAAGUCAAAAUUGUUACCGACGGCAAGAGCAUAUCGCUCGAUCUUGAAUACGCCACAACCUUCAUGGACAGAAACUCUGCCCGUGGUCUUCUUGAGAGCCUGAAAUGCGCACUAGCUUCUAUUGCCGCCAAUCCCCACGCAAGCAUUGGCGAUAUCGAUGUAAUUUCAGCGGCCGAUGUUCAGUCUCUACAUAGGUGGAAUUCUGCGGUUGAUGCCACUGUUCCGGGAACUGUCCAUGAUAAGAUCCACACACAGGCUCUUUCUCGGCCUGACGCCGAGGCGGUAUGCGGCUGGGAUGGAGAACUGACCUACUCCCAGCUGACCAAUCUGUCCAACCGGCUCGCAAAUCACUUGAGCACUCUUGGAGUGUGCCAAGAGGUCAUGGUUGGCUUGUGCUUCGACAAGUCGAUCUGGACUGUCGUGUGUAUGCUGGCUGUUCUCGAAUGCGGAGGCGUGGUGGUACCUCUGGGUUCCCAACUCCCUGUCCAGCGUCUACAACAUAUCCUUGAAGACACCGCGGCUCCGGUGGUACUCACCACAGCUAAGCAUGUCUCCAAGUUCUCCGACAUAACCGCAGCUGCCGUCCUCCAGAUCGACGGCGACUUUUUGACGUCAUUUCCGGAAACCACGAUUGACCGAACAGAAGCAGAAUUAACAUCGGACAGUGCGGCUGUUGUUAUCUAUACUUCUGGCUCCACCGGGCUGCCGAAGGGUGUUGUCCUCACACACAGAUCGAUCUGCACGAGCAUAGAAAGCCAUGGGGCUAAGCUGAACAUGGGCGCCCAUACAAGAGCACUGCAGUAUUCCGCCUACGUGUUCGACCUCAGUCUGCUCGAUACCUUCUCAACCCUUUGCUUCGGAGGCUGCGUCUGUGUUGUCUCGGAAGAGGAUCGCGUGGACAUAAACAGUCUCACCCAGAGGAUGGAGGCAAUGAGCGUGAACCUUGCCGUGCUGACUCCGACUGUGGCAGGCCUUAUGGACCCCAAGGCCGUGCCAACUCUCUCUACCCUUGUCCUGGCAGGAGAAGCUGUCCCGACAAGCGCGGCCGAAACCUGGUCCAAGCAUGUUACCUUGUUCAACGGAUACGGGCCUGCUGAAUGUACGAUUCUCGCUACCGCCAAUGGCCCAAUUGUCGAGAAAGAGCGCGCGCCUAGUGUGGGAACUGCCCUUGCGGGUGCAAUAUGGGUAGUCGACACGGAAGACCAUAACCGUCUCGCGCCCAUUGGAGUUAUAGGGGAACUUCUCAUCUCCGGUCCACUUGUGGCUCGUGGGUAUCUUAAUGACCGAGCACGGACCGCACAAUCAUUUAUCACUGACCCUGCAUUCAUUGUCAAACACGGAUUCCACUCUUGGGCUGGGCAGCGAAUGUACAAGACUGGCGAUUUGGUUCGCCAAGAUCCUGCCGAUGGCUCCAUCACAUACGUCGGCAGAGCUGAUGGGCAGGUCAAGGUCCGAGGUCAACGUGUUGAGGUUGGAGAGAUUGAGUACUGGGUGAAGCGACACUUCUCCGAGGCUCAGACAGUCGCUGCUGGGCUUAUUAAAGCCCAAUCCGGCCAUGCAAUCAUAAUAGCGGCUAUCGAGGUUCAGAAGGAUAACUCGGAAACUGCGACUACUCUGCUUGAUGUGUCGGACUCUCUGAGGAAGAGGUUCCUCCAGCUCCAGACCACGCUUUCGCAGAUACUACCAUCCUUCAUGGUCCCGUCGAAAUACAUUCCUAUUCAGAAUAUUCCCCUUACGGCUUCCGGAAAGAUCGACCGGCGAGCUCUUCGAUCCUUGCUAGAGAGCCUUACAGAGGAUCAGCUUACACAGUAUGGCCUAUCUGACUCUGACGACACUGAGCCAUCAACAGAGACGGAACGCCGCCUCGCGGACCUCUGGGCAGCUGCUCUUAAUACCUCCCGUCAUAUUGGCGCGAAUGCUCAUUUCUUCCGCCUUGGAGGUGAUUCCGUCAGCGCUAUGCGCUUAGUCGCUCUUGCCCGCAGCGCUGAUCCUCCAAUAAUGCUCACUGUGGGAGACAUUUUCAAGCACCAGGUUCUGUCUGACAUGGCGAAGCUUGUCAAUGCCAGUGAGGGUACUAUCGAUCCUGGUGUGGCGGAGGUAGCUCUCGCCCCGUUUUCACUGUGGACUGGAUCUGAAACUGUUGAUCAAAGCCAACUUGAGCAUGUGGCAUCACAGUGCAACGUGGAAGUGACUGAUGUUGAGGACAUAUACCCAUGCACUCCACUGCAAGAAGGUCUCAUGGCCAUCACAGCGCAACACGCUCAAGCAUACAUCAGCCACUGGGUCUUCCGUCUGGACAAUAGCAUCGACGUCACCCGUUUCACCAGUGCUUGGAACCAGCUAAACGAAAUAACGCCGAUUCUGCGCACUCGCAUCAUUCAAGAUUCAGAAGGCGGCACGCUGCAAGUCAUUGUACGGGACCGUUUGACAUGGACCAAAGUUCAAUCAGAGGUUCAAUCUUACAUUGCUCAAGACUCGACCCUAUCCAUGUCCUUUGGAGACCCACUGAUGAGGUUCGCCAUUGUGACCAGCGGAGAAGCGCAGUUCUUCGUCUGGACAGCGCACCACAGCACCUACGAUGGAUGGACCGCAAGAAAGCUGAUGGAGGCGGCCUGGGCACUUUAUUCCAGCCAGACUGCUCCCGCAUUCCAACCAUUCCAUCGCUUCAUUCAGUAUCUGCAGACGAGCUCGCCUGAUGAUGCUCGCGAAUACUGGCAAUCUCAACUCGCCGGUGGGAUGGGUCCCAGCUUUCCCGAGACUCCUAAUAAUUACUCUCCCGGCCAUGUUGAAAGCAUCACUCGUCGGAUAUCGGCCAGCAGCACCAACGAGUUUACCACCUCCACUCUCCUAAGAGCGACUUGGGCCUUGAUUUUGUCACAAGAAACUGGCAGCCAGAAUAUUGGUUUUGCAACCGCCCUGUCCGGUCGCACGGCUCCUGUUACGGGCAUCCUGGAUGUUAUGGGUCCUACAAUCACCACUGUUCCUGUUCGCGUGGCUCUCAAUUCCGCACAGAGUGUUUCUGCCUACCUCGAUGCGAUCCAACAGCAAGCAACAGACAUGCUGCCGUUCGAGCACACUGGUCUUCACAACAUCAGCAAGAUGGCGUCUGUGCCUUUCAACUUCCACCAUCUCUUCGUCGUUCAACCCGCAGUCGACCGCCUCGAUCAGGUCGAGUCUACGUUCAAGGGUAUUACACCAGUACCACUCAAAACAUCCGGAUUCCAUAGCUACCCUCUCGUGGUUGAGUGUAGCACUACCACAGCCCAGACCGAGAACAUCGUCGACUUGCAACUUCAGUUCGACCCAGCCGUUCUCUCUCCUGAGAGAGCGAACGCAUUGUCGGAGCGCUUCCACCACGUUUUUACGCAGCUACAAAAUGUCGCCGGCGGCAAAGAAAACAAGGCACUUGCCGACGUCAGCUUCAAUACCCCAGAAGAUCUAGGGCGAAUUCAGGCAUGGAAUCAGUUCGACGACCGCAUGGCUGGAGCAGAUACUUGCAUUCACGAGUUGGUCUAUCAGCAACAGCUGUCACGCCCUGAUGCGCAGGCCGUUUGUGCAUUUGACGGGAACCUGACGUACCGCGAGCUCGACCAACUAGCCUCUCGACUUGCAUAUCACCUCAACGAUCUCGGCGUUGGCCCAGAGGUCAAUGUCGCUACCAUAUUCGAAAAGACUCAAUGGGCGGUUGUCACAUAUCUCGCUGUUCUGAAGGCUGGAGGUACUAUCGUGCCUAUCAACCAUCAGCAUCCUAGACAACGCGUUGAGGGUCUGAUCUUGAACACUAAGACCAAGGUUAUCCUGACUUCCCAAGAUACAGCGCGCCUUCGAGAUCUCGUUCCUCAUAUUCUAAGCGUGAAUCAAGAACUCCUAGAUCAGCUCCCACCUCCCAGAAGCACGCCUUUGCCUAUCGUGAAACCAACAGAUCCGGCCUUUAUUAUAUUCACCUCUGGAAGUACCGGCGUGCCAAAGGGCGUCGUGCUCCAACAUACCGCUAUUGUCUCAAGUAUGACCAAGGGCCAUGGAUCGUUCUACGCUAGCCCCGGCACUCGAGCCCUACAGUUCUCUGCUUUCAACUUUGAUAUCAGUAUCGCAGAAAUAUUUACAACCCUGUCCUUUGGCGGCUCCGUGUGUGUUAUUUCUGAAGACGACCGUGUCAGCCGCCUGCCAGAGGCCAUGGAGGAGGCUGGCGUCAACUUUGCUAUCCUUACUCCGACCAUUGCCAAUCUUUUCAAGCCUGAGCAAGUUCCUAGUCUCAAUAAGAUGCUCUUGGUUGGUGAGGCCCUUCGACCCGAGGUGGCGGUACCAUGGAUCUCGAGCCACGUCGAACUGUACAACGCCUACGGCCCGGCUGAAGCCUCGAUUUUGACGACCUAUAGCAGCCGCAUCACUGAUCCUAGUCAAGCCCCGAAUAUUGGCUUUCCUUUGGCGCAUAGUAACCUCUUCGUUGUUGACCCCUUUGAUUAUCAUAAACUACUCCCGGUCGGCAUGGUCGGUGAGCUUCUCAUUGAAGGGCCGCUUCUCGCUCGCGGCUACCUCGGUGAUGAUCAGAAGACUGCUGAGGCAUUCGUGACCGAUCCCACUUGGCUACACCAGUUCGAUCUCGGCCCGGUCACGGGAAGGAGGUUUUACAGAACUGGAGACUUGGUGGAACAAAAAUUCGACGGUUCCUUCGUAUACAUGGGCCGACGAGACACGCAAGUCAAGAUUCACGGGCAGCGGGUUGAGAUAGGUGAGAUCGAAUACUGGGUCAAGACCAAAUUCUCGGGUGUCCGUGAGGUGGCAGCAGGUCUUUUCAAGCCAUCACAGGCGGAUGAUGCCCUGCUGGCUGUUGCGAUGGAGGUGCCAAGUUCAACAGAGACGACAGGCUUACUCCCCAUUUCCGACUCUCUACAAGAUGCAUUCAGGGAUCUUCGCCGAGAACUUCUUGAAGUCUUACCAUUCCACAUGGUUCCCCAGCUCUACCUUCCGUUCGGUAAGCUGCCACUCACGGACUCCGGCAAGCUUAACCGAAGGGCUACGUGGGAGAUUGUCCAGGAACGCACCUCGUGGUCGCAGUAUUUCCCCAAGGACGACAUCAAGGUCGAACCGUCCACAGAGACUGAACGCCUGCUACAAGGUUUGUGGUCGAUCGCAUUGAAAAUCCCCGCUUCUUCCAUCGGCCUCACAGACGACUUUUUCCGGUCAGGGGGUGAUUCCAUCUCGGCUAUGCGACUGGUAGCCGCUGUUCGCGAGCACGCCCGGCUUUCAUUGACGGUGGCUGACGUAUUCAAAUAUCCUGUUCUGUCUGACAUGGCUGCUGCGGUUAUUCAGAUCGAAGAAGCAACUCAGGUGGUUACAGACUACGAACCGUUCUCAACAGUAUCAGUUAACGCAAAAGAAUCUCUCGAAAGCCUUCUUUCAAUUCCAGGUGAAAUCGUCGACGCAGCACCUGUUACAGAUCUUCAAUCUCUCGCAAUCACCACCUCUCUCCGCAAGUCGCGCGACCUCAUGGCGUACGUUAGCAUUGAUGGAAAGGGUGCCCCAGAUAUCGCUCGCUGGGAGGUCAGCUGCACGGAGCUAGUCAAGCAGCACGAUGCUCUCCGAACAGCAUAUGUCUGCCAUGAGGGCCAGCUGUUGCAGGUGGUCCUCAAGGACUAUACCCCGGGAAUCACCCGAUAUGAGACGGAUGGACCUAUCGAGCAAUUCUCCAAACAGCUGAUUGCGCAAGACAUGAACCGACCACCAAAGCUCGGACAGCCAUUCCUUGAAUUUGCUAUCAUCACCUCUCCCUCGGAACACCGCAUCCUUUUCCGCCUCAGCCACGCCGAGUAUGACGCCAUCUCCCUGUCCUACUUUGUCAACACCCUCCAGGAAAUCUAUAGAAGGUUACCUCUAACAAACUACGUGAACUUCCCGCGCUACGUCUCGAACCUUGCCAGCCAGGACCUCGAGGCUAGCCGCGAAUACUGGCGAACGCUACUCAAGGGGACUUCCAUGCCUGCUAUUUCCGCCAAGUCCGCCUCUCGCCGCCUGCCAGCUAGACAAAUCUACCAUGCCGCCCGAAGGGUGCCCACAACGAAACCACUCCCAGCAGGCAUCACCAUGUCCACUGUCAUGCGAGCUGCAUGGGCCCACACACUCGCCAACCACGUUGGCAACCCUGACGUCAUCUUCGGAGAGGUCGUCUCAGGCCGCAGCAACGGCGACCCAAUCACCGAGAAGACAGCCGGCUGCUGCGCAAACAUGGUCCCAGUGCGCGCGUCAGUCGAAGGAAAGACUACCCGAGACCUCCUCCACUCGCUCCAAAAGCAACUCGUUGACCGAUUACCACACGAGUCUCUCGGCUUCCGCGACAUGAUCCGUUCCUGCACCGAUCUACCACAGGGAACACUGUUCUCUUCUCUCUUGAACCACCUCGACCAGGCCUCCGAAUGGACACUUGACCUCGACAGCGGAAAGUACAAUGUCUCCGUUGCGAAGACUGAUGGCGCGGGCGACGUCUCAGAUGUGUCUGUUACCUCCACUGCGGGGGCGGGCUAUAUUGAGAUUGCAAUGGCGUAUCUCGAGGACGGGAUUAGCGCCGAGGUUGUUGAUAGAAUCUUCAACCGGCUAUGCGAGACGGUGGAUACCUUUGUGAAUGGGGAUGUUGAUUCUACGCUUGAGAGGAUCGUUCCGGUGCCAGGCGUACAGCCCGGAGAUGAAGUGGAGUCUAAGUUCAAGGGAGAUCUUGUUGAUGCUAGCAUCGUUGCGUUUGAACUGCAGAAAAUGGGAGUGGAUGUUACUGUUGAUGAUGUUAUCGACCAAGGUUUGACCUUGCCUUGA